UUCUCUCCUCUCCUCUCCUCUCUCUUCUCCCUGUGUCAUCUCUCCUCUCCCUCUGCUCCUUCCUCCUGCCUUAGCAGAACUUAUGUGGCUGGGAUGCGGGCCCUCGGGUGUCAAAACUUUGAAGAUUAAUGGAUUACUUUGUUAAUGACUGCAGGCGUCAGACUGAGGUGCUUAAAUGAUUUGUGAGGUGCGAGGCGUCUUCCCGACAGUCCCAAACAAUGCGCGGAGUGUGCGGGGGAGGCAGAGGGCAGCCGCCGGCGGGACCAGCAGCAGGGCUCACACUCGCACACUCUCACACACGCACACGCAUUCUCAGGCGCACACACCAGGUCCUUGCUGAUCGGAAGGCAGGCAAGCACCCUCGCCCCCACGCACUCCCGGGCCUCCCCACCCACACCCAGAUAUAUGUAUUUUUGCCAUGAAAAAAGUGUAAAUAAAGCCUCUCUGGCCCCCAAUGAGGCGUUCCUUCCCGACUUUUUUGGAUCAAUCAAACAGACAGUGGCUUCUUUUGAUUAAAGCCCAAAUUGUCAUUGGGCAGAAGCAAUCAUGUGACAGCCAAUUCGGUCCAAUUUCAACCUUGUCUCCAUGAAUUCAAUAGUUUAAUAGUAGCGCGGUCCCCAUACGGCUGUAAUCAGUGAAUUAGAAAAAAAACACCCCAGCAGCGAUCUUCUAUGAUAGAUUUUUUUUCCCUCCGCACUCGCCUUUUUCCUGGGCCUCGCCCCCCCAAAGCCCCUCCAGAAGAGGGAACUUUUUCUCCGAGGGGGCUCCAAGGAGAAGGCCAUGAAUUACGAAUUUGAGCGAGAGAUUGGUUUUAUCAAUAGCCAGCCGUCGCUCGCUGAGUGCCUGACAUCUUUUCCCCCUGUCGCUGAUACAUUUCAAAGUUCAUCAAUCAAGACCUCGACGCUUUCACACUCGACACUGAUUCCUCCUCCUUUUGAGCAGACCAUUCCCAGUCUGAACCCGGGCAGUCACCCUCGCCACGGCGCUGGCGGCCGCCCCAAGCCGAGCCCCGCGGGCAGCCGCGGAAGCCCAGUGCCCGCCGGCACCCUGCAGCCGCCCGAGUACCCCUGGAUGAAGGAGAAGAAGGCGGCCAAGAAAACCGCGCUGCCGCCCGCCUCGGCCGCCGCCGCCGCCACCGGCCCUGCCUGCCUCAGCCACAAAGAAUCCCUGGAAAUCGCCGAUGGCAGCGGAGGGGGCUCCAGGCGCCUGAGAACUGCUUACACCAACACGCAGCUUUUAGAGCUGGAAAAAGAAUUUCAUUUCAACAAGUACCUUUGCAGACCCCGAAGGGUGGAAAUUGCAGCGCUGCUGGAUUUGACUGAAAGACAAGUGAAAGUGUGGUUUCAGAACCGGAGGAUGAAGCACAAGAGGCAGACCCAGUGCAAGGAGAACCAAAACAGCGAAGGGAAAUUUAAAAGCCUGGAAGACUCUGAGAAAGUGGACGAGGACGAGGAAGAGAAGUCGCUCUUUGAGCAAGCCCUCAGCGUCUCCGGGGCCCUUCUGGAGAGGGAAGGUUACACUUUUCAGCAAAAUGCCCUCUCUCAGCAGCAGGCUCCCAAUGGACACAAUGGCGACUCCCAAAGUUUCCCAGUUUCGCCUUUAACCAGCAAUGAGAAAAAUCUGAAACAUUUUCAGCACCAGUCACCCACUGUUCCUAACUGCUUGUCAACAAUGGGCCAGAACUGUGGCUCUGGCCUAAACAAUGACAGUCCCGAGGCCCUCGAGGUCCCCUCUUUGCAGGACUUUAACGUUUUUUCCACAGAUUCCUGCCUGCAGCUUUCAGAUGCAGUCUCGCCCAGUUUGCCAGGUUCCCUCGACAGUCCCGUAGAUAUUUCAGCUGACAGCUUUGACUUUUUUACAGACACACUCACCACAAUCGACCUGCAGCAUCUGAAUUACUAAAAACAUUAAAGCAAAACAAAGCAUCAC